CCCCCUAAUCUUCAAGUAAAUACAACACCGCCCAGCGAGAGAAUGAUGCACAUGUACACAAUGGCUGCAACAAAUUAUCUCUCAAUUCCAAACUUCAUGCCUCCUUUUAUCUAAGGCCUCCCACCAGCUGUACACUCUAUACCCUUACAUACCAGGAGAGACAAGCACACCCUUCUCCCUAGAGUCACGCUUCCACCCACCAGCAAGCGCCUCGCCACCGUUCUCCUGAGCAAACUUUUGCAUGCGCGCCUCAAGCUCUGGCCUGAAGUGGCGGAUAAGACCCUGGAUAGGCCAGGCAAAAGCCUCACCCAAAGCUAGGAAUUGGGUCAGCAAAAAGUAGUUAUUUAUCAAUCAGGAGAAGGGAAGAAACAUACCGCAAAUGGUGUGACCCUCCACCUGCUUGGUCAGCUCCUGCAACAUGUCAAUCUCACGCUCGCGACCCUGGCCUUUCUCGAAUCUUUGCAUGAUCUGCUCGGUCCACUUGCUGCCUUCACGGCAAGGAGUGCACUGGCCGCAAGACUCGUGGCGGUAGAAGUGGCUGAGACGGGAGAUGGCGCGGACAACAUCGGUGCUCUUGUCCAUGACGAUGACAGCAGCGGUGCCGAGACCGGACUGGCUGUCCUUCAGGGCAUCGAAAUCCAUGAGCUGGUCGUCGCAGACGUGCUUGGGCAGGAUAGGGGUGGAAGAACCACCGGGGAUGACAGCCAGGAGGUUGUCCCAGCCGCCACGGACACCGCCGCAGUGCUUGUCGAUAAGUUCCCGGAGAGGAAUGCUCAUCUCCUCCUCGACUGUGCAGGGGUUGUUGACGUGACCGCUGAUGCAGAAGAGCUUGGUGCCCUGGUUGCGCUCACGGCCGAAGCCGGCGAACCAGCUGCCACCGCGACGGCAGAUGGUAGGGGCAACAGCAACAGUCUCGACGUUGGCAACAGUGGAAGGGCAACCGAAAAGACCGACAGCGGCAGGAAAAGGAGGCUUCAAGCGGGGCUUGCCAGGCUUGCCCUCAAGAGACUCGAUCAAGCUGGUCUCCUCACCGCAGACGUAGGCACCGCCACCACGGUGAACGUAGACAUCAAAGUCAUAACCGGAACCGCAGGCGUUCUUGCCAAUAAGACCGUCGGCAUAAGCCUCGUUGAUGGCGUUUUGGAGAACGGCAGCCUCGUGGAUAAACUCUCCACGAAUGUAGAUGUAAGCAGCCGAAGCGUUCAUGGCACGGCCAGCGACCAAGCAGCCCUCCACCAGCUUGUGGGGGUCCUUGCGCAUAAUCUCGCGAUCCUUGCAGGUUCCCGGCUCACCCUCAUCGGCGUUGACAACCAGGUAUCUCGGUUUGUUGUCCUUGUCCCAGUCCUUGAAGUUCAUGAACGACUGCGUAACAGCGUUAGUAAGCUUACUCCUUCUGUCGUCCAAAGCUCCAAACGCACCCAUUUCAGACCCGAGGGGAAACCAGCACCACCACGUCCGCGGAGACCGGAGGCCUUGAUCUCGCCAAUGAUCCAGUCGUGGCCCUUGAGGAGGAUCUCCUUGGUCUUGUGCCAGUCGCCCAUCUUCUUGGCGCUCUUGAGGUCGGGGGGGAAGCGGCCGUAGAGGUUCUGGAAGAUGCGGUCCUGGUCGCGAAGGCCACCAUAGGUACGGCUAGGGGCAGCGCCGUCCUGGACGGUAGCGAACGAACGGCAUUGUUGUUGCGUCGUGGCGGCCGCGACAGCGUUUGUGAGGGUCUUGGCCGACGCCUUGGUGGGCGCAGCAGUGCGGGACAACAUGUUGGUAUAGAUUCGUGUCUCUGCUCGGCAGAGACAGAGGGAGGCGGAAUGCCAGUGGGCCGGGGCCGGGGGGGUGGUGGGUUGAGAAGAGGGAGAAGAGGUCGUCGAGGGGUUCGUUCGUUCCUGGGGACGACCACGACGAGGGAGGUUGAGGUUGGCCUGUGGCUCAAUUGAGCGAUUGUGAGCGGCUUCUUUGAGAUUUGGUUUCGCAACGUCGAUGAUUGGCUGAAAUUUACCGGGAUGUGGCGGGCAGGCACUUGGGCCGCCUGUGGCGAGAGCUGCCAAGAUCGCUGACGCAGUGUGGGGGAAGCUGUUCGCUGAAGAGCUCCGAGAGCUUCAACAAAAAGUUCCCUGAACAACACCAUCUCUUUGUCUCGACAAACCAUCGUCAGCCUUGCGCUCCAGCCUCGACCAUCCGCCCACAACGCCCUCGGGACGAGGAGCUGCGUGUGGCUCUAGUUAUCAGUCAAUGCUAUAUUGCUUUUGUCCAGCUACCACUCCUUUCCUUGCAACUACGUAUACUGUGCCAUGCGCCCAAGCUCUCGACAAUCUAGCAGUGUCAGCCUUGGCCAGUGAUCAACACCACCAAACAUCACCACAAAACAAAACUCUCGACUUUUAGCAAAGAUGUCUUCCAAACGCCACUCCAUCCUCCCCGCCGUCUCAGCAGGCCCUAAACCACCAGUCCAAUUCUCCUCCUCCAUCACCAUCGCCGAAUCGGCCCUCCUCACCGGUACAAACCUCAUCACCAUCUCUUCCGAGUCCGUCAUCCACCCCCGCGCCAAACUCGACUCCCUCGCCGGGCGCAUCACCAUUGGCCGUCGCUGUGUGGUUCACGAGCGCACCAUGAUCGGUGCCAUCGGAACAUCGGGCAAAGUAACCGAACAAGCCGUGACCCUCGGAGACUACGUGACCGUCGAAGUGGCCGCCUCCAUCGAAGCUGGUAAUACCAUCAUCGGGGAGGGAACCACAGUUGGAGUUGGCUCAAAAGUUGGGGCGGGCGCGGUAAUAGGAAAGCAUUGCACCCUAACCCCCCAUACCGAAGUCCCAGCCGGCGAGGUCAUCCCCGAUUUCACAGUCAUCUAUUCCAACGGAAUGAGGAGGAUAGACAAGCGAGGGGUGGCAGACCUGAAGAACAAGGGGCAGGCGAGGCAGAUUGAUGUGCUGAGGAGGAUGAUACCCACUAAUCCGGCCAAAUUUGCCUGAUUACUUCUUUUCUUGUUGUUAUACAUGAUGAGGUUUUUUUUUUUUGCUAGGGUACAAUACCCGUUGUGAUGAUCAUGGAAAUGGAGAAUGCCCGUUCACAUUCAGCUUCUGUCUUUGGGCGCAUUAUUUUCAUGACCUUGAAAGAAACCAAAAAGAAGGCCACCCAAAAGAAGAGAAGACAAGGCAGCCCUGAGUGCGAUGGAAUUGCCCUUUUAUCGAAACGAGCAGUGUUUUGACUCGGCUACUUUUCACGGAGGUCCGGAAGUGGAAUAGAUAAGGUGUAUAGGGCACGACACGACCUUGGUCACUUGGAGAUCGUAGCCUCUUGUUGAUGUUGUUUGGUGUGAUGAAAAAUGAACGAAUAACUUUGGUCUCUACUUCAGCUGGAGCCUGCUAUAACUCUAUGGCGAGGGGUGUCAGGGGAAAAUCAACUUUCUCAUCCCACAAUUCCCUGGUCUUUUGGAGCCCCAGAAAAUUCUUGACUGAUUGCUUUAUUUUAGUACGGUCUACUUGCCGGCCUCGUUCUGGCAACAGGAUCAGGGCUUCAUCAUGCCUUCAUCAGGGUUAGGUGUAGCUUGCAACGUUUCAUAUUGACCACGUGUCUUAGAACAGACUGACGAAGGUAUAUAUCUCUUACCGUUCACGACCUAGGUAGGUAUCUGGGUUGGCAGGUGGGACCAGGAAGCAAAUCGACUUUGGAAACAGCCCGAUUGCUCUCUCCCCCAGGUUGUACUUGUCUCCAUAACAGAAAUCAUGCCUGCACCCACUUACAUCACAUGUUUGAUUAGAAUCUGGGACCACAGCUGGAAUUGUGUCAGUUUUCACAAAUCGUGCAAGUUUCCAUCUGGACAGUCUUUGUCAUGGUGGGUUUCUUCACUUCUCAGUCGCUGUGGGAGAAGGAAAAACCAGUUAGUCUCGGCCUUUGGCAUCUGUGGCCGGUCCCGGAAGGACAGCUGCCUUCCCCGGCCGACUUCCGUCGGAACAAGCUUCCGCGAGAGACAUUGAAGCUCGCAGCUGCUGGGAGCCGUCUCGAAAGGCACCGGGGCAUGCAAUCUCGCCCAUCAUGCACAAUUCUCAACCAUUCGGGUGCGAUUCCCUAGCAGGGGGGCCAGAACCCAAGUAAGUGUAAAGGCACCGUCAGCCCUACCGCCCUGCUCAUGCACAUCAUCUCUUUUGACCUCACCUCCAGACACUCACCAUGGAGGCAAACCGCGACAUAGAGAGCAUGGAAACGUCGGAAAACAGAAGAAGUCAGCAUGAAAGGGCAUUGGAAGCAAACAG